CAAACCGUGUCGCUGUGUGUGCGGAGGAGUCAGAUGAUCUUUAUUUGUUGCCUGUCGUCGACCAUCUAGCGAGUCGACGUUGCCAUUCGUGGAUGCAUAGGAUACUGCAGAAUUGCAACCAUUUUCGCUGUGCUGGUGAUUGUUGUUUUGUAGUGCAGUUUUAGUUGAAUCUAGUAGGCAAUCAAUAGAGAGGCAUAGCCAGUUCGAUUUCGGUUACUUCCCAUCGGUGCAAAUGUCUUCAUCGUCCCAUCGCCGAUGAAGCUGACGUAAAAGCCAGAAUCUCACAUCUACGCGAAAACCUGUACGCUAGUGUGUGCGUGUGUCUGUUUGUUUGGGUGCAUUAGUGUUGGUUGGUCCUCGUCGACUUACACGACGGGCCAGAUGAAAAUGGGUGCAUCAUUGUGUCAUCAACAACGCGAACAACAACUGCUCCGGUGCGCAGUGCAGUGAAAGUUGCCCCGAGAAUCCUCCGCAAUUGAGUGUAAGACGAGAAGGUGUUCACAAAAAGUGUGUCCCGCAAAACACAAACGGGUUGAAUGGAAAUCCAUCAUCAAAGUGUGCCGGGUUUUCAUCAUAAAAUAGGAAACGGAUCGAAGCAGCAGCAGGUGCAGAGCUAACUGUCUAAACGGGAAAAUUGCGUAUUUUUGCUGUUGUUGUUUGGUGUUUUUAUACCUCGCAUUACGGCAUCAAAGUAGGCGCCGGUGAGAAAGUGUGGUAAAUUGUGAGUGUGUGUGUGUUUGACACAAAAGUAGGUUAUUCCGUCGUCAAAGCGGAUACAACGGAAGCCGGAACACCGGGAAUCGUUCGGUUUUGCAGCUGUCCCGUCUCAUCAAGCAACGGACGAGUGGGUUGCUGGUACAAGCACUCAAACACAUGACCUAGAUCACCGAUAGACCUUGGCAGGUGAAGCAGAUCGUGCUUAAAUGGACUGAAGAAAGCAGGGCUUAGGAAUAGCCAUUUUAUGCAAGCGAAGAGCGGAAGAAGUAGACCCUAAAGGACACUAGAAUCGUUAUCUCAGAUCUCAGAACAAAAUCCACCCUAUCAAAAUGCCAGUUGCAUUGAACGGAUCCGUGCCGUUACCCUCGGUGCGCGUCUACACCAGCGUCACAGUGCUGCUGAUGUCGGCCUGCCUCUACUAUGCACUGAUCAUGACCAGCGAUCCUAACUGGAGGCAGCACACGAACAUGACGAGCACGACCCCGACGGGGACGCCCACCACGGCAACGGCCACGACCACAACCACCAACACACCCACCCCGGCCACUGCCGGAGGCCCGGCCGGUGUGAUAGACAGUGCGGUGGAGGGUGCCGGUGGUAAGCUGGAGGUUGGUGGCGGGGGUGCCGGUGCAUCCUUGCUGUCGGUGAAGGAAAUCGACACGCUGGAGGAGAAAAUAUUGGCCGCCGCCGAUCUGUCCGAUCUGCGGCAAAUGUUGCGCGGUGGUGGAUCCGACGGAACGGAGGAAGGUGACACACACGUGGACGGGGACGACGAGCGGUGGUUGGUGGCGGGUGGCAACGAUACGCGAACGCUCGGUGCCUACCUGAAGGAUACGGUGUCGUUUAUGGCGACGGAACCAUUCUGCAUUUGGACGUUAAUCAAUACCGCGUACUGCUGCCUGAUACUGCUCGGCAAAUCGAUACAGAAAUUCGUCUUCGGCGAGCUGCGGAUAUCCGAACAGCAGCACAUGAAGGACAAGUUUUGGAACUUUAUCUUCUACAAGUUCAUCUUCGUCUUUGGCGUUGUUAAUGUGCAGUAUUUGUACGAGGUCAUACUGUGGGUGUCGUGGUUCUCGGCACUCGGAUUCCUACACCUGCUGUCACAGCUCAGUAAAGAUCGGUUUGAGUAUCUAUCCUUUUCGCCAACUACCCCAGGAUGGUCCCACUUCCGGCUGAUCUCGCUGCUCGUCGCUAUCCUCACCCUGUCCGGACUGAUGGUGAUGAUCUCGAUCGGUGUCGGCGUAUUCUUUGGCGGCUUCAACACGUUCGCGUUCAUGGCGGCUGAGUGCAUCUUGCUGGGUAUACGCACACUACACGUACUGAUUCGGUACGGAAUGUUCUUGCACGAUAUGCGUCAGGGUGGAAUCGCGAAUGAAUCCAUCUCCUGGGAUAAACGCGGUCCAGUAGCCUACUACAUUGAGCUGUCGUUCGAGGUGGCUGCCCUGCUGGUGGAGCUGGUCCAUUAUUUCCACAUGAUGCUAUGGAGCAAUAUCUUCCUCUCGAUGGCAAGUUUGGUGAUACUGAUGCAGGUGCGCUACCUGCUAAAUGAGAUCCAGCGCAAGAUCAAGAAGCAUCGCAACUAUCUGUGGGUGCUGAACCACAUGGAGAAGAGCUACCCGCUGGCAACGGGAGAUGAUUUGAAGCAAAAUUCGGACAACUGUGCCAUCUGUUGGGAGAAGAUGGAGACGGCCCGGAAGCUACCGUGCGCGCAUCUAUUCCACAACUCCUGUCUACAAUCCUGGCUGGAACAGGAUACGUCUUGUCCAACCUGCCGGCUGGGGCUAAGCGUGCAUCAAAACGGAGGUCCCCGGGGCAGUCCGCUUAUUCCGGAUGACAUUCACAUCGACGAUCAGGACGGAGCGGUUGGUGGAGGUGGUGGCCGUACGGCCAAUAACCAUUUCUUCCACUUCAAUGGGUCGCGGUACGUGUCCUGGCUGCCAAACUUCUCCGUCGAGGUGACCCACAUCAACAAUAUGCUCCGUCCGUCGGAAACGCUCCCAAUCGCGGCGGCCGCCGUUGGGAAUCAUACCUCGCAGGUGCGCAACAUGGCACGGCACGUGCAGGAAAUGUUUCCACGCUAUCCGCUGUCCGUGCUGAUCGGAGAUCUACAAAUUUCUCGCUCGAUCGAAGUAACGAUCGAUAACAUCCUCGAGGGACGGCUGCAGGUCCCGGCAAACACUCCCGAGGAUGAGGAUGAGGACACGGUGGGGGUGGGCAGUGGUAGCGCCGGGUCCUUGACGAUGAGCAGCGCGCUGGAUGAGGAUAAUGGUGAUGAUGAGCUGUCCCUGCCCAACUCAUCUUCCGGAUCCUCCUUAUCCUCACUGUCCACGCCACCUGGCUAUGAGGUGGAACGGGGCACCAACAUUUUCGGCAGCUACGAUACGCUCCUGCGCGAUGACACUAUCGAGGAGUCUACCUCGCCAACGGCCGUCCCGCUCGGCGAUCGUUUCUCCAAGAGUCCCGAGGAGCGGGAAAAGAUCUUGCAGCGUCGUAAAGAGCAGCUAUUGGCUGUUGCUCGAAGAAGAUACUUGGAGAAGAAUAAAUCCGAGCUCAACCAUCAGGCGUCCUCGUCCACCAGCGGAUGUUCGUCUUCCUCUAGCAGUGUUAGGCAUCGAAACAAAAGCUGUAUGGAAACGGCCGGGCCCAGCGUCAUCGAUAGCCCUAGUGGCAGCGGAGUAAGCAAUCUGCCAACGCUAAGCACCCCGUCCCUAUCAUCUAGCUACCUGCAGCAGCGGCUUUCUACGGAACAGCAACCGGAUCAGCAGAUGCAGCAGCAGGAGCAACAUUCGGAUAGCAGUUUUUAAACCCGAAACCCCCAUAAGCUUAAAUCCAUCCAGCCAACAUGAUCUUUCGGAAGAAAUGAUACAGGAAGAGAAAGAGAGAGAGAGAGAAAACAAAAUGUAAAAUUGUGACCAAAACACAAGUAUCUCGUGAAGGGUGCACUGUGCGCGAGUAGGUGGGUGAGCGAUUGUGUAGCUUGUGUGUCACCCCCGGGGUGAGGCCACUCUGCGCAUUCUCCUCCCAUGAAGCCUUACACCCGUAAGAAAAGAAGAAUGAGAAGAACUGUUCCUUGUGGCGGCGCCGGUGCUGUGAAGUGUUAAGUAUGUAUCAAUUAUUAAUUUUAUACCGUAAUUAGACGAUUUUCUCGCGCAUCAUAUCUUUUAGCUUAAAUCUAUCAUGAGUAAUUUAGUUCGUUAGCUCGCGAUGACGUCAGUCGUCACUGGAUCUGUUUUUCGUCACACGCGACAAAAUUCGUGGUGGAAAGAGAACUUGAUCGACAAUGCAGAUCACACGUGUCAUUUUGAGUUAAUGUAGUAAUUCAAUUUCAUUUCGAUUAUUGACAAAAAAACCGGAGCGAGGAGGCAAGGAGUUGAUAUUUAGCCAAACUACUAAAACAGCGAGCAGCAAGAAGCUCAUCAAGGUUGAGCUUAGUUGCAAUUCGCCAAAAAAGCAGAAAUUAGUGCGAAGGUUGAUUUGAUGCAGCUGAUAAAGAAAAAAAGAAGAAGGUGUAACGAAAACACACACGCCAUGGACUUUUACCUCCGGCAGAAUUUGCUCCGCGGCUGCUCGAACAGAAGGGUAGGAAUCGUGUGAACCUAAAAAACACAGUUGUGAUGAUAUUUAUUUUCUAGGAACAAACAAAACAAACAAAUCAAUCAAUCGAUUUAGAAAACAAGUGACAAACAAAUCAUACUAGUGGGGGGUGGAAGCGACAGACGACAGCCGGCGGCUUUCCCCUUUUGCUCAACGCAAACUCAGCUGGACAAGGAUUUUUGUGACAGAGAUUGUGCGGCUCGAUUGACUGUGCGUGGGUGCGCUGUGUUGCUGUCGUAGUGUGUGAAACAGAUCGAAAGAGGGAGGAUGAAAAAGAAUUUCGCUACGCUGUCCAGUGCGAUCAUUUCGGAUUGUUUGGGCCGCAAUGCAGUAGUCAAUAUUUGCAAGUAAAGUCAACACUUAGCGACAAGAAACAUGAUGAAAAACCAAACAAAAAAUGCAAAAUAAUAAGCAAAAGCAAACAAUAAAGUAACGUUCGUUGUUA